GAUGGUUGUCUUGCGCGAGUUCGGUUGACACGCAGCACAUCUCUCCGGGUGUGUGCGGAGGCGCGCUCUGAUUUUACAUGAACACAGUUUUUAUAAAAUAAAAUAAAAAUUUGGAAACACACAUAAACGCUUGUGCUGCAGAGCCGUUAUGGAGUCGUAUGAUAUUAUAGCUAACCAACCCGUGGUCAUCGAUAAUGGUUCUGGAGUGAUUAAAGCAGGGUUUGCUGGAGAUCAGAUUCCUAAAUACUGCUUUCCCAAUUAUGUCGGUCGGCCCAAACACGUGCGUGUUAUGGCCGGAGCACUGGAGGGAGAUCUGUUCAUUGGGCCCAAAGCUGAGGAACACAGGGGUUUGUUAUCAGUUCGCUACCCAAUGGAACAUGGCAUCGUUAAAGAUUGGAAUGAUAUGGAGAGGAUCUGGCAGUACGUUUAUUCUAAAGAACAGCUGCAGACCUUCAGUGAGGAGCACCCUGUGUUAUUGACUGAAGCUCCACUGAACCCAAGUAAGAACCGUGAGCGUGCAGCUGAGGUGUUCUUUGAAACCUUCAAUGUCCCAGCAUUGUUCAUUUCCAUGCAGGCCGUGCUCAGUCUGUAUGCAACAGGUAGGACAACGGGUGUAGUGUUGGAUGCGGGGGAUGGUGUGACCCAUGCCGUUCCCAUUUACGAGGGAUUUGCGAUCCCACACUCCAUCAUGCGUGUGGACAUUGCCGGCCGUGAUGUGUCCCGAUUCCUCCGCCUGCUCCUGAGGAAGGAGGGAUACAACUUUCACACCUCUGCUGAAUUUGAAGUUGUGCGCACUAUCAAGGAGAGGGCAUGUUACCUGUCCUUGAAUCCUCAGAAAGAUGAGACUCUGGAGACGGAGAAGGCGCAGUACACACUACCGGAUGGGAGCACACUUGACAUCGGUCCCGCGAGGUUCCGGGCUCCGGAGUUGUUGUUCCGACCCGACCUGAUCGGAGAUGAGAGUGAGGGAAUCCAUGAGGUGCUCGCCUUUGCCAUACAAAAAUCGGACCUGGACCUCCGGCGUACGUUGUUCUCCAACAUCGUCCUGAGUGGCGGCUCCACACUGCUCAAAGGUUUUGGAGACAGAUUGCUGAGUGAAGUGAAGAAGCUUGCUCCCAAAGAUGUCAAAAUAAAGAUAUCAGCACCACAGGAGAGACUUUACUCUACAUGGAUUGGUGGCUCCAUCCUGGCUUCGUUGGACACUUUUAAGAAGAUGUGGGUUUCUAAGAAAGAGUAUGAAGAAGAUCGAGCACGCGCCAUUCACAGGAAGACCUUCUAACAGGCCCCUCCCACUGCUUCACCCAUGCCCCGCCCCUCCCAACUAUGACACUGUGGCUGAUUGAGUGUCUGUGCAGUUAUGAUUUCUCUCUCUCUCUCACACACACACACACACACACACACACACACUACAGUGUUGUAAGGAGUAUGUUCUUCAGCAUGUCUGAGUGUUCUAAAUAUAAAUUCUUUUUUUCCUAUAAGUGUGUGUGUGUGUGUGUGUGUGUGAGAGAGAGAGUGAGUUUGCACAGGAAUUGACCACUUCACUGAUGAUGUUAGUCGGAUCUAGGCCAUGUCUCUUUGUUAGACAGGAAGUAGAGACCGGACAUGGUGAUAAACAUGGUCUCACAUACAUGUGGUUUAUUCUCUCUCUCUCUCUCUCUCUCUCUCUCUCUCUCUCUCCCCCCUCUCUCCCUCUCCCUCCCUCCUUCUCUCUCCAACACACACACUCACACACCAGGCCUGCAGAACUCUCUCUCUCACACACACACACACACACACCCCUUUAUCAACACACUAAUGACCAGUGUUUCUCCUUCACACUCCACCCAAACCCUAGCCCUUUAGCUUCCUGUUUCUGUCAUGAGAAUUGAAGAACCCCACUCUCAUAACAGCUGAGGGUUUAUUAUCGAAUCUUAAACUCUUAAACUCUCACUUGAAUUUAGUGUGUGUGUGUAUGUGUGUGUGUGUGUGUGUGUGUAUGUAUGUGUGUGCACGCUGGGAGAGGGGGGGGUCUGGGGGGUACUGUUUGCAGAAAGCCUGUAAUUGUCGAGGGCUUAUUGAAGUAGCGUGAUGUCAUAUCCUGUGGAACUGUUUUUUUUGUUUGUUCCUUCUCUUGAGUUGUCUGUUAUGUAACUGACGGUGGGUGUGUCUUUAACACAUAGGGGUGACCCUGACAACAACUGAGUACUUUAUUGUACAUAUUGUAGUUUUUGAUCACUCGACAGAUACAAGCAUGGAAACAGCUCCAAACUCCUCAGUAAAGCAUGUGAGGUUAACCCCCAACACCCCCACCCAAGAUCUGAUCACAUUCCACCGUGUGUGUGUGUGUGUGUGUGUGUGUGUCGGGGGGUGAUGGAGCAGGUGUAUUGAUUUGGGCUUAAAAGGUAGAGAGUUUGGUAGAAUGACAGAGACAGUAGUACAGUGUGUCUUUAUUAAAACAUCUCAAUUUCAUUAAACUAGCUUUUUACACACACCCAUGUCUGAUCACAGUGGAGAUUCAACCUGAAAACGUGGCCUGAGAUUUGUUUUCAUAAGAAAAGAAACCUUCAAUUUAAACGGUAUCCUUUACACACAGAAGCUCUGUACAUGAACACUCUUUACUGCUGAUGUAUAAAUUAUAAAUAAAUUAAUUAAAAGUG